GUGGAACUCGUUUCUCCUUUGCGGAUUUCUAUUCCAAACUCCCACUGGAAACCGUCCAGUCUUUGGAUUCCACCUCCUUUCACGGGUUGCUGAAACAAAGGAUGGUGAUGGGCCGGUCUUCUAUUUCUUCUGAAAAUAACCACGAUGGGUGGUCAUCUGAUCCUACUCCCACCGCUCAGGUGGACCACGAACUGCAGCAGAAACUGGCGGCAGAGAUCAAAAUGAAAACCGCAUCGACUUGUUUCAGGAGCUCUGUUGAUGCUAUCUGCUACGCCUGGGAAGUUGCGGCGAGCUUGGACUGGCACAAGCGGUUUUUGUUGCAGGCGUUACUCGACG